AUGACUCGUAUUGUGUCUCUUACUGCCCUUGUGGCGGCUCUUGCUGCUGUUGCUACAGCUCGUCCUGCUCCUAGCACUCAUUCCGUCCACGAAAAGCGUGGUGGACUUCAUCAUCGCUGGACCAACCCGCUGCGUAUCAGGUCUGAGUCUGACAUUCACGUCAGAGUCGGACUGAAGCAAAAUAACCUUCACCGUAGCCAUGAAUACUUGAUGGAUGUUUCGCAUCCUGAUUCCAAAAACUAUGGCAAGUUCUGGACUGAAGAAGAAGUGACUCGAAUUUUUGCUCCUUCUGGUGAAUCUGUCAACAUCGUCAAGGACUGGCUCACCGAUUCUGGUAUUAGUGAUGUCCGCAUUACCCACUCCGACAAUAAGGGUUGGCUGGCCUUUAUCGCUACUGGUGAGGAACUCGAGAACCUGUUGCACGCAGAUUUCUACCAGUACGAGGAUUCAGAAACUGGCAAUACCGCCGUCAGCACCGAGAGAUACCAUGUCCCCAAGCAUGUCAAGGAGCACAUUGACUACAUCACUCCUGGUAUCCGCUUCCCAUUCCUCCAGAAGCGCAAUGCUCUCAGAGAUCCUCUACGGAUUCCCACUCCACCUCAUAUUCAAGCGAAAUUGGCGAUCAGUGCCAACGACUGUGCUGAUGCCAUUACCCCGGAUUGCAUUGCUCAACUGUACCAGAUUCCUCCCGUGACUAUCACUCCGUCAUCCAACAACUCCCUCGGCAUCUUUGAAAGAGGUGAUCUGUACAGCCAGGCUGAUUUGAACUCUUACUGGGCUGCGUACCCUUCUUACGGCAUACCAAAUGGAACAGCCCCCAUUCUAGAACCCAUUGAUGGUGGAACUGGCUCUAUGGUCGCUGGUGAAUCGAACUUGGACUUCUCGCUUGCCCUUCCCAUCAUCUACCCUCAGAACAUCACUUUGUUCCAGACCGACGAUCAGUACUGGGCUGCUUUUGGCCACGGCAUGUUCAACACUUUCCUGGAUGCUAUUGAUGGUUCCUACUGCACAUCUUGCUAUGCAGGCGAAUGUGGCAACGCUGACAUCGACCCUGUCUAUCCCGACACCCAUGGUGGAUACCAGAGCCAAGUCAUGUGCGGUACUUAUCAGCCCACCAAUGUCAUUUCGAUCUCUUAUGGUGCUGCCGAGGACUACAUUCCUCAGUCGUAUUAUGAGCGACAAUGCAAUGAAUUCAUGAAGCUCGGUCUUCGUGGAGUUUCCGUUCUCUUCGCCUCUGGAGACUCUGGUGUUGCUUCCGGCUCCGGCUGUCUAGGCAAUAGCUCUACCGUCUUUAAGCCCGACUGGCCUGCUAGUUGCCCCUACGUUACCGCCGUUGGUGCCACCAAGAUCCCCACUGGUGGCUCUGUCAGUGGCGGUGAAGUUGUUGCCAACGACCCAACUGGUCAUCCUUAUUUCUCUGCUUAUGCAAGCGGUGGUGGCUUCAGCAACCUCUUCCCCAUCCCCGACUACCAAGCGGAUGCUGUUGCCAGCUACCUUGCCAACUACCCCCCUCCCUACCCAUCCUACAACGGCUCCAUCCUCGGCGAAAACGGCGGUCUCUACAACAGGUCCGGCCGCGGUUACCCCGACGUCUCCGCCGUUGGAGACACUAUCCCCAUCUGGAUCAAUGGCGACUCCGUCAUUGAAGGAGGUACCUCCGCCUCUGCCCCCAUCGUCGCAUCCAUCAUCAACCGUAUUAUCGAUGAGCGUAUCGCAGCCGGUAAGCCCGGUCCAGUGGGGUUCUUGAACCCGGUGUUCUACGCCAACCCCGACGCAUUCAAUGAUAUUACGAAUGGGACCAACUCGGGAUGUAAAACUGACGGAUUCUCGGCUGUGCCUGGAUGGGACCCGGCUUCGGGUCUUGGAACACCUAAUUAUCCUAAGUUGAGGGAUGCUUUUAUGGCUCUCUAG